GGUCACUGUCUUUUCAUAUCCACUUUCAUGCUUGCAUCCAAGGUCAUCUGUGACGACACUUACUCCAACAAAUCCUGGAGCAGCUACUUGCUUAUCCACACUCUUCACCACAUCAAAUUCCACGCAUCUGUCACUACUCUCAAUCUCGCCUAUUGA